UUAGAAUCUCCAAUUACAUAGGUGUUAAAACUUAGAACACGCAGAGGUUAACUCACAAAUAUUCACAGAGAGAGAUGGGAUCCAUCCCUCCAGAUAAUGUAAACGCAGCUGCAAGACAAAUGGAAGAUGGAAACACCCCUAAGGAGCUUGAUGCUGGAGCUUUAUUUGUGCUCAAGUCUAGAGGUUCAUGGUUGCACUGUGGAUAUCACUUGACAACUUCAAUUGUAGCACCAGCACUUCUAAGUCUUCCCUUUGCACUAUCAUUGACGGGCUGGUUUGCUGGUGUUUUGUGCCUAAUUGUGGCUGCAUUGGUUACCUUCUAUUCCUAUAACCUUCUCUCACUGGUUUUAGAGCACCAUGCACAGCUUGGUCAGCGCCAACUUAGGUUCAGAGACAUGGCUAGAGAUAUAUUAGGACAAGGAUGGGGCAGAUUUUUUGUAGGUCCAAUUCAAUUUGGUUUAUGCUAUGGUGCAGUCAUUGCAUGUAUUCUUCUUGGAGGGCAGAGCCUCAAGGUUGGUCUGUCAUUUUUGCCAAUAGGCCUACUGGCUAUUUAUCUACUCUCUAGUCCAAAGGGAACCAUGCAGCUCUAUCAAUUUGUUAGUAUAUUUGGUGUAUUACUGCUAGUCUUGGCACAAAUUCCAUCUUUCCACUCCCUAAGGCAUAUCAACCUUGUUUCUCUAGUCCUUUGUCUUGCUUAUAGCGCUUGUGCGACAUCGGGUUCCAUAUACAUUGGUUAUUCCAAGAAUGCACCUACUAAAGACUACUCCAUCAAUGGAAGUGCACAAAAUCGUGUCUUUGGAUCCUUUAAUGCUAUUUCAAUUAUUGCCACCACAUUUGGGAAUGGAAUUAUUCCUGAAAUACAGGCAACUAUUGCACCUCCAGUCAAGGGGAAAAUGUUCAAAGGACUAUGUGUGUGUUAUGCUGUUGUAGUAUCUACAUUUUUCAGUGUGGCGAUUUCUGGGUAUUGGGCAUUUGGCAAUCAGGCCAGGGGAACAGUUCUAGCCAAUUUUAUGGUUGAUGAGAAGUCUCUUUUGCCUACUUGGGUUCUCUUAAUGACCAAUGUUUUCACCCUCUUGCAAGUAGUAGCUGUUACUCUGGCUUACUUACAACCAACAAAUGAAGUGCUUGAGCGGAAGUUUGCAGAUGCAAAGAUUGAUCAGUUUGCAUUUCGUAAUGUUGUACCAAGGUUGGUUUUUCGGUCACUAUCAGUUGUUAUAGCCACAACUGUAGCUGCCAUGUUUCCCUUCUUUGGAGAUAUCAAUGCAGUGAUUGGAGCAUUUGGAUGCAUACCUCUUGACUUUGUUUUGCCCAUGGUCUUCUACAACGUGACUUUCAAGCCCUCCAAGCAUGGCCUAAUGUUUUGGGCUAACACAUUGAUUGCCACAAUCUUUUCAGCAUUUGGUGUGUUGGGAGCAAUAUCCUCAAUUCGUCAGAUAGGUCUUGAUGCCAAAACGUACCACUUGUUUGCAAAUUUGUAGUUAGAACAACUGCUAUGGUAAUUAGACAAUGACUCCUUUCACUGUUACUUUUGUCAAGGAAUUCAAAAGUGAGGCAAAUCUAUAUAUGACUAAAAACUGAAGCGUAACAUUUAAUUUGCUAUGCUUAGGUUGAGCCACAUCAAUAGUCAUGUCAUUACAAUUUUUUUUCUUGAAUUUGUCCUAUAAUUUAAAAAUACUAAUAAGAAGAAAACAAUUCCCAACCCUAUCUCUUAUACGGUUACAAUUUUAGACUACAACCUUUUGUGUUCCAUAGUUACAAUUUCAAACGGCAAUCCUUUGUAUUCCAUGGUUACAAUCUCAAACGGCAACCCUUCAGCUUCCUAAUGCCAGACUUUGGCUUUCUAACUCCAUCUCUUUCUCUCUUCACAUUAUAUUAAUACAAUUUAAAAAUAGUUUUCCUAAAUUUAAAAAUACUAAUAAAAAAGAAAAUACUUCCCAACUCUAUCUCUUACAUGGUUACAAUUUUAGAUAGCAACCUUUUGUGUUCCAUGGUUACAAUCUCAAACGGCAACCCUUCAGCUUUCUAAUGCCAAACUUUGGCUUUCUAACUCCUUCAUCUCUUUCUCUCCUCACACUAUAUUAAUAUUGAAAAGUUGGAUGAUUUAGUUCAGAUAUCUCUAAAUCCUAGUUGCUCUUGACCUCUAUUCUUGUGACUGCCCUACAUAAUAGUUCAAUGUAAAGAUUAGAUUAAUAGUA